GGUAGAAUUUGCUUCCUGGCGCCCGUAGCUGGGCAGCAUCGGUCGGCUCUCCGCCCUAGUGACCAGGCGCUUUUGAGGGCGCCCCAAACCCUGGCAGCUGGACGCGGCGGCGGGGCGGAACUGUUUUCUGACCUGUGUGAUUCCUAUUAAAAACUUAUACAUACAGCCAAGUAGGGAAAAUGCAUAUUAAGUCAAUCAUUCUUGAAGGAUUCAAGUCCUAUGCUCAAAGGACUGAAGUCAAUGGUUUUGAUCCCCUCUUCAAUGCCAUCACUGGUUUAAAUGGUAGUGGAAAAUCCAACAUACUGGACUCCAUCUGCUUUUUGCUGGGUAUCUCUAACUUGUCUCAGGUUCGUGCCUCUAAUUUACAAGAUUUAGUUUAUAAAAAUGGGCAAGCUGGUAUCACCAAAGCCUCAGUCUCAAUCACUUUUGAUAAUUCUGACAAAAAGCAAAGUCCUUUAGGAUUUGAAGUUCAUGAUGAAAUUACAGUAACAAGGCAGGUGGUUAUUGGUGGCAGAAAUAAAUAUUUAAUCAAUGGAGUAAAUGCAAACAAUACCAGAGUACAGGAUCUCUUCUGUUCUGUUGGCCUUAAUGUUAACAACCCUCACUUUCUCAUCAUGCAGGGCCGAAUUACAAAAGUAUUGAAUAUGAAACCUCCAGAGAUUUUGUCUAUGAUAGAAGAAGCAGCUGGAACCAGGAUGUAUGAAUACAAAAAAAUAGCUGCCCAGAAAACUAUAGAAAAAAAGGAGGCUAAGCUUAAAGAAAUUAAGACGAUACUUGAAGAAGAGAUUACACCAACCAUUCAAAAAUUAAAAGAGGAAAGAUCUUCGUACUUGGAGUACCAAAAAAUAGUGAGGGAGAUAGAACAUUUGAGUCGUUUAUAUAUUGCUUAUCAAUUUUUGCUGGCUGAAGAUACCAAGGAACGAUCAGCUGAGGAAUUUAAAGAAAUGCAGGAUAAAGUUGUAAAGCUACAAGAAGAAUUAUCUGAGAAUGAUAAAAAAAUAAAAGCUCUUAGUCAUGAAAUAGAAGAUUUGGAAAAAAGAAAAGAUAAGGAAAUUGGAGGGAUACUACGAUCUUUAGAAGAUGCUCUCGCAGAAGCUCAGCGAGUUAACACUAAAUCUCAAAGUGCCUUUGAUCUUAAGAAGAAAAAUCUAGAAAGUGAAGAGAACAAACGCAAAGAACUAGAGAAAAACAUCGUUGAGGAUUCUAAAACUUUAGCAGCAAAGGAAAAAGAGGUUAAAAAGAUAACAGAUGGAUUGAAUGCCUUUCAAGAAGCAAGUAAUAGAGAUGCUGAAGCUUUGGCUGCUGCACAGCAGCACUUCAAUGCUGUUUCUGCCGGCCUCUCCAGUAAUGAAGAUGGAGCAGAAGCAACUCUUGCAGGCCAAAUGAUGGCCUGUAAAAAUGACAUAAGUAAAGCUCAAACAGAAGCUAAACAGGCUCAGAUGAAGCUGAAACAUGCCCAACAAGAAUUAAAGACUAAACAAGCUGAAGUAAAGAAGAUGGAUAGUGGCUAUAAGAAGGAUCAAGAUGCAUUAGAGGCUGUGAAGAAACUUAAAGAAAAACUUGAAGCUGAAAUGAAAAAGCUAAAUUACGAAGAAAACAAGGAGGAAAACCUUUUGGAAAGGCGUAGGCAGCUGGCUCGUGAUAUCAGUAGGUUGAAGGAAACAUAUGAAGCUCUCCUGGCCAGAUUUCCCAACCUUCGAUUUGCAUACAGGGAUCCAGAGAAGAACUGGAAUAGAAAUUGUGUGAAAGGACUUGUAGCUUCCCUGAUUAGUGUGAAAGACACUUCUGCAACCACAGCUUUAGAAUUGGUGGCUGGGGAACGACUUUACAAUGUUGUUGUAGAUACAGAGGUUACUGGAAAAAAACUACUAGAAAAAGGGGAAUUGAAGCGUCGAUAUACUAUAAUUCCACUCAAUAAGAUUUCAGCCAGAUGUAUUGCUCCAGAAACACUGAGAGUUGCUCAGAAUCUUGUUGGCCCUAAUAAUGUUCAUGUCGCUCUUUCCUUGGUUGAAUAUAAACCAGAACUUCAGAAAGCAAUGGAAUUUGUCUUUGGAACAACAUUUGUUUGUGAUAAUAUGGAUAAUGCAAAAAAAGUGGCUUUUGAUAAAAGAAUAAUGACUAGAACUGUAACUCUAGGAGGUGACAUAUUUGAUCCUCAUGGGACAUUAAGUGGAGGUGCUCGAUCUCAGGCAGCUUCUAUUUUAACCAAGUUUCAAGAACUCAAAGAUGUUCAAGAUGAGCUGAGAAGCAAGGAAAAUGAACUACAGGCUCUAGAAGAGGAAUUAGCAGGUCUUAAAAACACUGCUGAGAAAUACCGCCAACUAAAGCAGCAGUGGGAAAUGAAAACUGAGGAGGCAGACUUACUACAAACAAAGCUCCAGCAAAGCUCCUAUCAUAAACAACAAGAAGAAUUAGAUGCUCUUAAAAAAAUUAUCGAGGACAGUGAGGAGACAUUAAAAAACACCAAAGAAAUCCAAAAAAAGGCAGAGGAAAAAUAUGAAGUAUUGGAGAAUAAAAUGAAAAAUGCAGAAGCUGAGAGAGAGAGAGAACUAAAGGAUGCUCAGAAAAAGCUGGAUUGCGCCAAAACAAAAGCAGAUGCUUCUAGCAAGAAAAUGAAAGAAAAGCAACAGGAAGUUGAAGCUAUCACUCUGGAACUGGAGGAGCUCAAGAGAGAGCAUGCAUCCUGUAAACAACAACUUGAAGCUGUAAAUGAAGCAGUCAGAUCCUAUGAAGGUCAGAUUGAAGUAAUGGCUGCUGAGGUCGCUAAAAAUAAGGAAUUAGUAAAUAAAGCUCAAGAAGAGGUGACCAAGCAAAAAGAAGGAAUAACAGCCCAAGACAACGUGAUUAAAGCUAAAUAUAUGGAAGUGGCAAAAUAUAAAGAGCAAAACAACGACGCACAGCUCAAAAUUAAGGAACUGGACCACAACAUUAGCAAACAUAAACGGGAAGCGGAGGAUGCUGCUGCAAAGGUAUCCAAAAUGUUGAAAGAGUAUGACUGGAUUAAUGCUGAGAAACACCUCUUUGGCCAUCCGAAUAGUGCCUAUGAUUUCAAAACUAACAACCCCAAAGAAGCUGGUCAGAGACUUCAGAAGUUGCAAGAAAUGAAGGAGAAACUAGGAAGAAAUGUCAACAUGAGAGCUAUGAAUGUACUGACUGAAGCUGAAGAGCGGUACAAUGACUUGAUGAAGAAGAAGAGAAUUGUAGAAAAUGACAAAUCCAAAAUCCUUGCAACUAUAGAAGACCUUGACCAGAAGAAAAACCAAGCCCUAAAUAUUGCUUGGCAAAAGGUGAACAAGGACUUUGGGUCUAUUUUUUCUACUCUUCUGCCUGGUGCCAAUGCUAUGCUUGCACCACCAGAGGGGCAGACUGUCUUGGAUGGUCUGGAGUUCAAGGUUGCCCUAGGAAACACUUGGAAAGAAAAUUUAACUGAACUUAGUGGAGGCCAGAGGUCUUUAGUGGCUUUGUCACUAAUACUCUCUAUGCUCCUCUUCAAACCUGCCCCGAUUUACAUCCUGGAUGAGGUAGAUGCAGCCUUGGAUCUUUCUCACACUCAGAAUAUCGGACAGAUGCUGCGCACUCACUUCACACAUUCUCAGUUUAUUGUGGUAUCCCUUAAAGAAGGAAUGUUCAACAAUGCCAACGUCCUUUUUAAAACCAAGUUUGUGGAUGGUGUCUCUACAGUAGCUAGGUUUACUCAAUGUCAAAAUGGGAAAGUUCCAAAGGAAACAAAGUCAAAGGCAAAAGGACCCAAGUGAUCACACAUGGAAGCUUAAAGUACAAAUUUAUUCCACCGUGACCUGAUUUUUUAACAGUUUUUAAAAGCUUGGACUUUAUGUAAAAUUUCAUGUUAUUUUAUUACUUAACCCAGAUUUUCUUCCUUUAUAUAAUCACUUAUAAAUGUGCAUGGAUUCCUCUUAGUGUGUAUAACUAUGGUCCAAUUACUGUGGCUGUGAUUUUAUAUAUGUCUAAUGUUUUCUUAUACAACUUUUUUUAUAUACUAUGAAACCUGAGAUACCUGCUUGGUGUUAAAUUCUGUUUAUAAAUGUGAAAAUACAAAGAGACAGAUGAAAUUAUAGAAUAAAUAUGUAGCUGAUAGUCAGCUUUUUAAUUAGUUAAAUUCCUAAAGUACUAUGCUAAUAAAGCUGUUCAGGUAAGGAAGAAUUACAAAGCAAGUAGCUGAGUUCCCUAAAAAGGGGACUCAAAAAACUAUUUUGGUUAGUACCUUGAGGACACACAGAUUUAAAUCUCAGAUUUAGAUUCAGAUGGGAAACACAUCUUCAGAGAUUUCUCAUCUUAAUGAUGUUUGUUUUUAAUGAUGUUUGAAUAUCAUGUUUCUAUAUGCUUAAGUUUUUAAAAAUCUUGAGAAUUUUAAUAAAAGUUUGGAGAAGCUGCUCUCGACUGCUGAUAAACUUGCAGUACAGUAUUUUCAGAGAUUUUCUUAAUCUAAUCAAUAACAGUUGAGGAAUGAGGAUGGAGGAAUCAGACUAAAUCAGGUUGUCUUUUUCCUAAUUUAUGACAUGUAUGGAAAUGGAUCCCGCUGUUCUACCUUAAGGACUUGACCAUUAAUACAGUUCUUAGUGUCUUCUGUUUCCCAGUUCAAAAGGAUGAUUCUUGUAAGAAUUCAAGGAAUGGGGUUAGUAAACACUAAGAAUACCACCUAAAUUUCUCAGUAUCUCUAGGUACCUCACCAGAACAGUGUCUCCAAACUCGAGUCCUGAAAAUACUGAGCUUGCCUGUAUUAUUUUAACCCCAUGUCCCUUCUUGAUAACAUGAGUUUAAAAUAAAAUGUCUUAGUACCAUGUAAUCCUUUCCCUGAUGCAUGCUCAUACUUGUUGGCCCUAAGUUUAACAUUUCUCAUCCUUCAUUUUCACAUGAAUCUAGUUGUCAGAUAACAGCCAGGUAACUUCAUAUUGGACACAUUGAAAGAAAUAUGCAGUUAGCUAUCCACUGUGGAAGGUGAAGGGAACAAAGCUGUAAAUGCUGGGUCCCAGGAACCCAGUAGCAAUAUAACAGAUUGUUUUUUUUAAAUGUGUUGCAGAUUGCUAUGUCAUUUCACCAUCAUCAGUGUAUAGUAUACUUAACUACAACUCAAAUUUGACUAAUUCUGUUUUAGCUAGUGUUUUAUAAAAAGCUUGUUGGGUGUUGAGUGUUUUAUCACAUUACUAGAUUUUAUUUGCCUCUGCAACAGAUUUUCUACUUAGUUCCCCUACUUUGUUUUAUAUAUAAUUCUAUUUUUUAAAAAUCCUCAAACAUAACAUUUUUGUAAAUGUCAUUCUUUAUUUUGUUCUAGGACUAGGAGAUAUUCCCUCUUAUAUUUUCUGAAUUUUAAAAAAUUAACCCCAAUUCUAUGUAAUAUUUGGCAGAAUGAAGCCAUUGGGACUGGAGGGGAGGGGCUUGAUAGAAAAAUAAAAUGAGUAUAAUUUAAUAGU